AUGUCGAUUUUACAGAAAAUAACAGAGGUGGAGAAUGAGAUAGCGCGUACACAAAAGAAUAAGGCAACUAAUUACCAUUUAGGUCUAUUAAAGGCUAAAUUAGCUAAAUUAAGGGGGCAAUUAAUUGAUGGUACAGGAGGAAAAAGGGGAGGAGGAGCAGGAGAAGGGUUUGAUGUAUCCAAGACAGGAGAUGCAAGAGUUGGUCUUGUUGGAUUUCCUUCUGUAGGAAAAAGUACUCUUCUUAAUAAACUCACCGGUACAUUUAGUGAGGUUGCUGCAUACGAAUUUACAACAUUAACAUGUGUCCCUGGUGUAUUUUAUUAUAAAGGGGCAAAAGUACAACUAUUAGAUUUACCAGGAAUUAUUGAGGGUGCAAAGGAUGGCAAAGGUCGUGGUCGUCAAGUAAUAGGUGUAGCACGUACAUGUUCAUUAAUAUUAAUUGUAUUAGAUGUACUAAACCCUCUUACGCAUAAAAAUAUAAUAGAAAGAGAGCUAGAAGGGUUCGGUAUAAGACUAAAUAAGCAGCCACCUAAUAUAACUAUACAUAAAAAAGAUAAAGGAGGAAUAACAAUAACACAUACAGUACCAUUAACAAAUUUAGAUGAGGAAACAAUUCGUUCAAUUUGUCAUGAAUAUAGAUUAAUAAAUUGCCAAGUUUCCCUUCGUUGUGACGCAACUGCUGAUGAAUUAAUUGAUGUUAUUGAAGGAAAUAGACUUUAUGUUCCUUGUAUUUAUGCUAUCAAUAAAAUUGAUCAAAUUACUAUUGAAGAAUUAGAUAUACUCGAACAAGUACCACAUUAUGUACCCAUUUCUGCUAAUCUAGAGUUGAAUCUUGAUGGUUUAUUGGAGAAGAUAUGGGAGUAUUUAUCCUUGAUUAGGGUUUACACAAAGCCUAAAGGGCAGAUACCUGAUUAUAAUGCUCCUGUUAUUCUUUCCUCAGGUAGAUGCAAAAUAGAGGAUUUUUGCCUAAAAAUACAUAAAUCUAUAUUAAAUGAAUUCAAGCAAGCAAUUGUUUGGGGAAAAAGUGUUAAACAUAAUCCGCAAAAAGUAGGAAAAGAGCAUCAAUUAGAGGAUGAAGAUGUUGUACAAAUCAUCAAAAAAUAA